AUGCCUCGACUUGCUACUAUACCGCUUUCAAUCAUCGCACUCGCGUCUCUCGUCUCGAGUGUGAACGGGUAUGCUUUUGUCGGAUGUGUUGAUGCUUCUUCACUAUCUCAAUUCUCAUUUGGCGAGGUCGCUACGGAUGGUUCUGAUGUAGGAACUACGCAAGAUAGCUGUCUUGCUUACUGUCAAGCUCAGUCAUACACAACGGGAGCUUAUCGAAACCCCGAUGAUCCCCAAGAUCCUGGAUACUGCUAUUGUACAAGCACAGACCCACCUGUAUCAGUGUACGAUCUGGAAAGAGGAGCUGAUUCUGCCGGAAAUUGCGUCACUGGAAAUACACAACUGUUUGACGUACAAACUGAUUUCGCUUUUACUGGAUGUUAUUCUUAUCGUCCUGCGAGUUCAGUCUUCAUAGACUACAAUCUUGGAAUAGAAGGCUGUAUCAAUGCCUGUUCAAGCUACGUUUUUGCUCUCCCUCAGAUUUAUUCAGCUGGAUCUGGCAGGGGACAGGCGUGUUACUGUGCUUCCGACUCUGCCACCACCGAUAUGACUUGCGACGUCAAUACAUAUUAUGCCUACGAUCACAACGUGCCUAUCGUUCCAAGCAAUCAAAUCAAUCGACGUGCUUUCAAUAUGAAGAAACUAGCCGCUCGAAGGUUAUCGAGAGAGCAACCAUACUGUCCACAAGACACCACAGCGUGUCGUGUACCUACUUCCAAUGGAGACUCAUACGAAUGUCUUGAUAUCAACUCUGAGCUCGAAUCAUGCGGAGGAUGCAUGAGCGGUAUUUACGGUUCAAGCAAUACUACUGCCUCGGGUACUGACUGUUCUACUCUCUCGGGUGCAGCCUUUGGCGCAGCGACAUGUUUCAAAGGCUCGUGUCAAAUUUGGGCUUGUGAAGAAGGCUUCGUGCUGGAGGCGAAUCAAUGCGUAAAAGCAUGA